GUAAUGAUAAUUGUGUAGCGAGCGGUACAUAGCGGAAUAGCAGAGUUGAAGCUGAUGAUGUCCAUGUAAGCCAAUAAUCGCAGGUGGCUGUGAAUAGUGUGAGCCAACCAAAAUGGCCGAGGCGCCGAUGGCCGACAUGAUGCAGCAACAACACUUGAACGUCGACACCCGACCGACCCCAACACGCCGCUGACCCUUGACACCACCCCUUCUCCACCUCACCUCUCUUUACAUUGCACAAUGCCUCCUCGGCGUAUAGAACAGGACGAAAUCGAAAAGUACUGGGAGAUCUUCAGCUCCCUGUCCAACGGCUCGACACAUCUCGACGGAGCGCAGGCGGCCCCUGUACUCAAGAACUCACACCUCCGCGAUGACCAGUUGGAGCGCGUAUGGGAUCUGGCGGAUGUGGAUGGCGACGGAAAGCUGGAUUUUGAGGAAUUCUGCGUAGCUAUGCGCUUGAUCUUCGAUUUGAUCAACGGGGAGUCUUCAGAUGUUCCCAAAACGCUUCCCGACUGGCUAGUACCAGAGUCCAAAUCACACCUCGUUCAAGCCAAUCGCGCCAUGACGGGCUCGCUACCCCAGUUCGAGCAGGUUGAAGACGACGAUGAUACACCCGGCUUGCGCGAUGGCUUCGACUGGUACAUGUCACCUAGCGACAAAGCAAAGUACGAAGAAAUAUACACGGCCAACCGCGAUUCCCACGGGUCCGUAUCUUUCCACACGCUGCAACCACUCUUCGACAGCCUCGACAACGUGCCUGAUAGCGACGUGAGAUUCGCUUGGAAUCUGGUCAACCCCAAGGCAAGCGAGGGUGUGGCCAAAGAUGCCUGUUUGGCCUUCCUGCACAUCUUAAACCAGCGGAGCGAGGGCUUCCGCGUGCCCAGAAGCGUUCCACCCAGCCUACGAGCAAGCUUCGAAAAGGCUCAUAUUGACUACGACAUAGAGCGCACGAGCAAUCGAUGGGCGGAGCGCAGCGAGGACAAUACUGCGGCAGGCAAGAAGGCCAAGUUCGGCGAUGCGUACCUUACGCGGUUGGGCGUGGGCGACCGCGCCAACAACUACGGUGCACGCGCCCGGGGUACUGACCACGGAGGUCGCACGACCGAAGACUGGGAAGAGGUACGCCUGAAGAAACAACUGAAGGAAUUGGAGGAGAAAAUGGAUAGAGUGGAGAAAGAGAGCGAGAACAGACGGCAUGGAAGAAGAGGUGAUAGCAAACCAGCGCUGGUGAAACGGGAGCUAGAAAUGCUGCUGGACUACAAGAGGGGUGUGUUGAGAGACAUGGACAGUGGGGACGGCGGUGCUGUCAAGGGACUCUCGGGUAUUAGAGACGAAAUUGACACGGUCAAGGAGCAGGUGGAAGGGCUUCAGGGACAUUUGGAGAGGAGAAAAGAGGUGCUUGACGAUCUUCGAAGGCAGAUUGAUGACGAGAAGUCAUCACGGUGA